CAGCCUGCUGUAAAGAUUUAUUUUUGUGUCGGGCAUUAUAGUUUUGUACUAAAAAAACCCUAUUUAUUUACUUUUAUUUGCACCAUGUCUGAUACGUGGAGUGAUAUCCUAGCCGUUAAAACUAAACAGAAUAGUUUACGUGCUAAAUUACAGCAAAGAAAGAAAGAAAGAGAGGGUUUAGCCAAGGAACUUGGAGUUUCUCCAUCCAGCACUUCCACUGCGUCUUCAGCAUCGUCCUCCACCACAUCGAUUGUUGAUUCUGGUCUUAAUACACCGACUUCCAAAGCAUCAUUUGAUAAUGUCACUGUUAGUGCAUCUAAUGAAUCAGCCAUUCUUACAAAGAAGGAGAUUAUACAUCCAGAAAUCGAAAAGAAACUUCCUUAUGUGCUGUGUGACAUGAAUCUGGAGCUUCCCGCUGAAUCAUCUGUUAUAACUGGACUUCUAAAUAAAAUGUUAGGACAAGAUGUUAGUGAUUUCAUUGUUAAAGAAUUAUUAGAAAAAUUUUCUGCUCAACAGUUAAUAAGUAUAUUAAAAAGUGGCUCUGAUAAAACAACAUUUACUGUCACCUCUGUUGAUUUAUCAAAGUUAUCAGCACUGUAUAGUGAUGUUGGAGGGACCAGAAAGAGGAAAAGGGAUGAUGAUGAUGAUAUAGAAGAAGAAGAUAUUGGUUCGUCUAAACAUCAGAAGAAGAAUGAAUCAGCGUUACCUGAUGAUAGUAUCGAGAGUUUAUUGAAUACUCAGUCAGCAAAAGAGAAAGAAAAUAAAAAAGUUAAUGAAGAAAUUUUACAGAUAUUGAGUCAACCAACAGCUAAGGAACAAUAUUUGGUGGAGAAAUUUAAAUCAAGGGGAGGUGCUCAGUUGAAAGAAUUUUGUCAGUUUGGAACAAGAGAAGAAUGUAAAAAAAUAAACAAUGCUACAGAACCGUGUAAUAAACUACAUUUUAGAAAAAUUAUACAUAAACACACUGAUGAAUCUCUUGGUGAUUGUUCUUUUCUUAAUACAUGUUUUCACAUGGAAACCUGUAAGUAUGUACAUUAUGAAUAUUAA